AUGUGUCAAUCCCACAUCCGCGCCUCCGUCCUCCACGGCGCCGGCGACCUUAGAAUCGAAGAACGCACAAUCACCGCCCCGGGCCCCUCCGACCUCCAAAUCUCCAUCCGCAGCACCGGCCUCUGCGGCUCCGACCUCCACUACUACCGCCACUACCGCAAUGGCGACAUCCUCGUCCAGGAGCCCAUGUCCCUGGGCCACGAGUCCGCGGGCGUCGUCGUCGCCGUGGGCUCCGACGUCACGGGCUUCUCAGUCGGCGACAAGGUCGCGCUCGAGGUCGGUUUGCCCUGCGAGAGCUGCGAUCGCUGCAAGGAGGGGAGGUACAACAUCUGCAAGCAGAUGAAGUUCAGGAGCAGUGCGAAGGCGUUUCCUCACGCCCAGGGAACGCUGCAGGAGAGGAUUAACCAUCCCGCUGCUUGGUGUCAUAAACUCCCAGAGAACGUAUCCCUCGACCUAGGCGCGAUUCUCGAGCCCCUCGGCGUCGCCAUCCAGGCCCUCAAGCGCGCAAACCUCACCCCAGGCUCCACGGUCCUCGUCUUCGGCGCCGGCGCCGUCGGCCUCCUCGUCGCCGCCAUGGCCAAGAUCUCGGGUGCCUCCACCGUCGUCAUCGCCGACAUCGACGCCGGCCGCGUCAACUUCGCCGUCGAGAACAAGUUCGCGCACAAGGCGUUCACUGUGCCGCUGAAGCGCGGCGCCUCCAUCGAGGAGAACCUUGAGAUCGCGAAGGAGACGGCGGCUGCCAUUGCCAAGGUCGAGAAGGGAACUGGCGCUGGGGAGCUGGUCGGUGAGGUCGAUGCGGUGUUUGAGUGCACGGGCGUGCCGUCGUGCGUUCAGGCGUCGAUUUAUGCGACCAGGCCGGGUGGUAAGGUGCUGUUGAUCGGUAUGGGUACGCCGAUCCAGACGCUGCCUAUUUCUGCGGCGGCGCUGCGUGAGGUCGAUAUCUUGGGUGUGUUCCGAUAUGCGAAUACCUACCCUACUGGUGUGGAGGUCGUGUCGAAGACUGGACCCGAUUACCCUGACUUCUCGAAGCUCGUGACGCACAGGUACAAGGGGCUUGAUGCCGCUGUCGAGGCGUUUGAGAUGGCGGGGAAGACGAAGGAUGAUAAGGGCAAUUUGGUCAUUAAGGUUGUGCUUGAGACUGAGGAGUAA